CUUCCAUUGCAAAGUGAAUCGUGGACCAGUCCGGUCCACGUCUGCAGCGUCCCACUCCGACAUACGGCAGCACAUAAAUAAAAAUAAAGACACACAAAAAAAUUCCUCCAAAAAAGUUUGAGCGAGUAUUUUGUUUUGGGUGGGUCACCUUUAUUAGCGCGUGGGCUUAUGACCGGUUGUCAUGGAAAUAUGAACGGGACUGUGGCACCUUGGUCGUCAUUGUGUCUCGAGCAUUAUUCCGGACUCGCCAACACAAUGUAUGAGGAUGAGAGGAGACCUGCGGAGGAUGUUUUCACUCAGCUGCAACAAGGAAACAUUUAUGUCGACACAGGUUCCUCUGGGCCUGAGGAUAUUUUCGAGGAGGAUUCCUACUCUCCGUCCUCCCUCUCCCCGUCCUCCUCGGCCUCCGUCUGCACUGUGGGCUCCCUUCAGGGGAAGACCCUGUGCACCUCCUGCGGCCAGGAUAUAGUGGACAGAUACCUCCUCAAGGUGAACAACUUGUGCUGGCACGUGCGUUGCCUCUCGUGCAGUGUUUGUAACACAUCGCUGGGGCGACACGUGAGCUGCUACAUCAAGGACAGACAGGUGUUCUGCAAACUGGACUACUUCAGGAGGUAUGGGACCCGCUGCGCCCGUUGUGGCCGUAACAUCCACUCCAGCGACUGGGUGCGUCGGGCUCGAGGCAGCACCUUCCACCUGACUUGUUUCUCCUGCACCUCCUGUAAGCGCCAGCUGUCCACCGGGGAGGAAUGCGGACUGCUGGAGAACAGGGUCUUCUGCCGGCCCCACUAUGACAUCAUGAUGGAGAACAUCAAACGCACUAAAGAAAAUGAGCAACCCAAAGUAGACGAUGAGGAGGCAGAGAAAGACGAGUCCAGCACCAUGACCAGACCUGCUAAGAGGGCCAGGACCAGCUUCACUGUAGACCAGUUACAGGUGAUGCAGACUCAGUUUACUAAAGAUAACAACCCAGACGCCCAGACUCUGCAGAAACUGGCAGAGAGGACCGGUCUCAGCCGCAGGGUUAUUCAGGUUUGGUUUCAGAACUGUCGAGCUCGUCAAAAGAAAUACAUCAGCCCAAAUUCUGCCUCCUCCCUGAUGACAUCGUUUGCUCUUGGCCAGCUGACGCCACCUUUGAUGGAGGACCUGCAAUACACAACCUAUAUUUCCCCAGACGCACCCCUCCUCACCACACUGACUUAUAUGGAUGUCCAAAGUCCAGACCCACUUUUGCUUCAGCCACUCAUGUCCCAUUCGCUGACACAACUGCCAGUCAGCCAUGCCUGAGCUAGACCCCGCCUCUAGACAACAGAAGACAAUGAUUGGCUGAUGAUGGGACUCUCAACUGUGCAAAAAUAACAGCAGUUAAUCUAAUCAAUUCGUUACAUUUUCACUGCCUAAUGUGAGAGCAGACACUGACUUAAUUUCAUCGGUUCACACAGAGAUUCACAGAAGGCAGUGAAAGUGUGAAUGAAACUUUUGUUAAUAUGUAUAUGUUGUGCAUUUCUUUGUGUUUAAUUUAUUUAGAGAAAAAUGAUGAUAUGGCACUUUGUCAGAGAAAAGAUGUAAAACUGAGUACGAAUUUGUUUUCAGUUAAGUGUUUAUUUAAGGAUUUCUUUGAGGAUAAUGAAAUUGUCAGUUGGGCACUCUCAAGAGAGACAGACAUGCGUGGGUCCUCCUGUAUAAAGACCACUUCAGGAACAGCUUCCACUGCAAAUGAAAACCAGUGGAGAUCACACGUGUUGUGUUACUGACAGAGAAAUGUGUAGAAAGACCUCAUGCAUACUGUCCUUUAAAUACAUCCACAUGUCUUAUUUAGGAAAAAAGAUUAUUACAAGCAAUGCAACGUUUAUAUGUUUUCUUAGAGUGGGAAUGUUCUAGAAGCCAUAUAUGAAGUGCACACUGGGAGAGAUGGACCUUCACAUUAGAUGUUUGACAUACGGGACAUUAAAGUCUGUGGCUGCAACACAAA